ACUUUUCUGAUGGUGCAAUAAAUUAGCAAGCACAUGUGAAUGGCAUAUUAUCAGCAGUGACAAUUCUUAAAAACAUGGGCAAGGAUCGCGGUCGUGGACGAGGAGGACGUCGGAAUUUCCAAUCCAAACCAUACAACAAAAAUAAUUGGCGCGAUCAGAAGAAGGAACACGCUAAGCAUAGCAAUGGAAAGCAACACACAUUUACCCGUAACAAACAACCUCAACAAAAGUGCACGCUUCGUGAGAAUCAAGUUGGCAUUACAGAGUUUACAAAUCCGGAUUUAGCCGGUUUCACGGGCAUCCUAAAAUCACGUUUUUCCGAUUUUCAUGUGAAUGAAAUAAAUACUGAUGGGCACGUGUUGCAGCUCAACGACCUCAAUGUGCCCAAGCAGGAAAUACAACCUGUGGAUGCUGCACAACUGGAGGAAUGGCGUAAGAAACUGGAAACCGUAAUUGAUAAUAGUGUUUGGGAGCAGAUAGCCGCCUUGUCCACAGCCAAAUAUGAUGCAAAGAUUGAGCAAAAUGUGGAUGUCGAUGUAACCAGUCUCGAUAAGGAGCAACGCACACAAAUCCAUCAGCUUAUUAAACAGCUGUACAAUGGCAAACUAAUAUCCAAGACACUUGACCAGCAGCCGCCCCAGAGCAGCGAAGGAGAGCAACAGGUGGCUCCGGAGACUGAGGCAGCUGAGGUCAAGAAAGUCAUACGCAUUGCGAAACCAAAACCCGGUCGCUCCGACAACCGUUGGAACUUCCCGGCAGAAUAUGUCAACUUUUUAGUGCACAAAGUAAAUGUGGACACCAGUGAAGUGGCUGCCACAAUUGCCUCACGCUUGAAUCUGCGUCCCUCCCAGGUGAAUUACAGCGGUACUAAGGACAAGCGUGCGAAGACCACACAAAGCUUUUGCAUUAAACGUCGCACUCCUGAGGCAAUUGCACAAGCUGCCCGCAUCAUGCGCAACGUUUACAUUGGCAAUUUUAGCUUUAAGCCUACCACACUAAAACUAGGCGAUCUGCAGGGCAAUCGCUUCCGGAUUGCAUUGCGACACAUUACACAGGAACAGGAGCACAUCGAGCUGGCUCUACAAUCACUCAAAGAACGUGGCUUUAUCAACUACUAUGGGCUGCAGCGUUUCGGAAAUAGCGCUAGCGUGCCCACCUAUGAGAUUGGCGUUGCGCUACUUAAACGUGACUACAAGUUGGCUUGUGAACUAAUCCUUAAACCUCGCGACAAUGAUGUUGAAUUCAUGCGUGUUAUACGCGAGUCGUGGUGGCAAAAUCGUGAUUCAGCUGCUGCCGCCGCCAAGUUCUACAAUAACAAGUACAUAGAGAAGAAGCUGCUGGAUGGUUUGGCUAGUUUCGGGGAAAGUGAUUACUCUGCUGCACUGCGACGCAUACCACGCAAUAUGCUGUUGUUAUAUCCUCAUGCCUAUCAGAGUCUGAUCUUCAAUCGCAUUGCAUCGCGUCGCAUCAAGGAGUUUGGCUUGCAAUUAAUACCUGGUGAUUUGGUCUAUGUCGAGGAGGAUAACAGUGAGCAGGUGACAGCUAAUGAAGAGGCUGCUGUUGAAGCUGAGGAGGAGGCUGUGGAAGAUGAUAUGGAUGUCGAUACCGACAGUUUGCUGUCCGUGGAGGAGGAGCAGUCGAUUUAUAAGCGCAAAGUUCGUCCUCUAACGGCUGAAGAUAUUGCCAGCGGAAAGUACAAAUUGUCGGAUGUUGUUCUGCCAUUGCCUGGCUAUGAUAUCACUUAUCCUAGCAAUGAAUGCGGCGCCUGGUAUGAGCAAAUGCUGGCCGAGGAUGGCCUCUCCUCAGAGCAAUUGCGUCACAAGGAGAAGACCUACGCGCUGGGCGGUGCCUAUCGUAAAUUGCUGAUAAAAACCGAUGAUUUGAAAUGGAGUUUCCGUCGCUACAGCACACCUGAAGACACUUUGAUAGCCUCCGACUGGGAGCAACUAAAAAGCAUCGAAGUAACUCCCGAACCAGUUGAAGCUGAGAGCAAAUAUAGAGCUCUGUUGCUUGAGUUCACAUUGCCAGCCGCUGCUUAUGCCACAAUGUUUCUUCGCGAGCUGUUCAAACAGGAUACAUCGACAGCGGCGCAAAUGCUGUUAGAGCAGGAGGAACUACUCAAGAAAUCGGAGCAGGAUACUCCAACGAUUGCUGAUGAAGUGACUGUCGAAGUUUCAGCAGCAGUUGUAGAUGAAGUUGCAGCUGAGGCGCAGCCGCAGCCAAUUUGAAUGUAACGUUCGGCCAUCACAUAAAAAAAUCGAUAAUGAAAAUCAAUUUACGCGCGCUCUUCGAGUGCGUAUUCAAAUAUAUACGUAUGUGUGUGUGCUACUUCAGACCAACCACAACAAUAACAAUGCGCACGUGAGUGCACGUUUUCUCUCUCUCUCUCUCACGCGCUCUCUCUUUGUACUCUGGCCCUUUGUCUGGUGGCGCUCUCUAUUGGCAGCCGUGGGCAGCAGGACCGAGACCAGCUUGUGAGCAAGUCCUAUUCCGUUACCUUUGCCGUUGUUUGCCAUUAGUACGCUGACAAGCGAGAGCUUUGGACGCGCUGCGCAUUGAGCACAGUGUGUGUCCAACGUGUGUGUGUGUAUGUGCGUGCGUGUGUCUACAUAAAUGUUGUAAAAGAAGAA